UGACGUCUUCGGAGUGCAGACUCUGUGCGAUCUGUCACCCAACCUUAUCCCACGUCUGAUUCAGUAUCACCGAUCCUGUGUGAAACAGCUCUCAUGAUGUGAGCCUAGACCAAGGCACUUUCGCAUCGUUCGAGGCGCGUCCGCGAGCGCUACUCGCACGAUUCACGCGUGACCGACCUCUGAGCGAUCCAUUUCUUGUCCUCCACCGUCAUGCACGCGAGCCAGAUCCAAUCACAGCUGGGCGUGCCGCCCUCCUCGUCUCUUCUCUCAGCUUACUCGUGCGCCAUUACUGGCCUCAUCGCUUUUCCCUCCAGUCUCGCCGUGCUCUGGCGAGGCAUCAAGUGGAAUGCCUCCUGCUGGUUAGCCAAUCAAAGUCUCGACGAAUUCGAGCACCAGCAGAUCGUCGAGUUCGCGUUCAGUGGCCAGCAGCGAACGCCACAUAUCGAAUGGUGCUACUUCGCUUCGGACGUGGAGGAUAAGGUGUCUAUACUGAUCGUCUUUCCCGAGCUGCGAACUAGCUUCAGGACUCCUGAAAUCAUGCAGCGCUGGACAGACACUGUUGUCUUGCCAGCCUUUCGCCAUGUUGGAAUCUCGGUAGGUAGCUUGACCAGCAGCUUUCAGGCCAUCCAAAUAGCGGCGGAGGAUGCGAAGCGGAAAGAUGCCUCGAAUGCGUUCACGCCAGAAACCCCACUCGUACGGGAGCUUUCGAAGACGGGUCUCUCCACGCAAGAUAUGCAAAGCCUGUGGACUGCCAUCCAAGAAAAUGCACACAAGACACCCUUCUUCGCAGGCUUCAGGAAUAUUUUCCUCGUGGCGACUUGCCGGCAGCACAGAGGUGGCAAACAGUCGCGGACUGCAUGUGACGGCGUACAAUCCGUCAUGACGGCAUGGGACGAAGCCAUCGACAUGAACUUCGUACCAGCGAGCUUGGUGCGCGCCAACACCGCACCCACUGCCGAGACAAACCUCACCGACGCUUCCGAUGGCCGGUCAGACGAAGCAGCCAACAUCAUGCCUGCGUACCGGCCAAGUGCGGACUCGAUCUGGGAGUCGUCGCGGAAAAGGAAAGCGUCUGACGAGAUCGAGACGGAGAAACGUUCAAGAGCCGAGAACGGGUGUCUGCAGCCUUUGUCUGUGGAUCGUCUGCAUACCUUACAGACCCAACGCGCUAGCGGCUUCGUCGAUGAGGACACCGAAAUGGGGACGUGAACUGGGUAUAACAGUUCCAUGCAUACCACCUUGCAGCGACUGUUGUUUUCUCCCCAUGGUUUGGGACGGCGAUCAUGCACGCGCGAGGUUGCUCUUGGGCUAGGGCUUGAGCCGAACAUGGACUGGAUGCAAGUGAUCGAUCCGACCUUCCGCCUUCGCAACACAAGCCGCCAGUCUUGGAUAGACAGUCAAAUCGCAAGGACCUGUACCGGACGCAAACGCGUAGCGCGCUCCGUUGUACAGUCAUGGAUUGGGGCUGUGCGUGCUGAUUUGCUGAUUCAAUUUCUCGUGUCUUAAGAUCCUCGCGAACGAGUAACAUGUCUCAACAGACGAGCUAACUGCAUCCUGUGCAGAAGCUGUACAUUCUCAGUUGCCCGCCUGAUCUACGACACUGGACACUGUCCUUGAGCGUUUUGACGUACCAAAUGAUGUCUGAGGCGAAUUUCAGAUCAUUCAUACUUCCGCAUUUUCGAUUGUAUCCGCCUAAAACCACGCCUCCUGAGAACCCAAGUACGCAUCUUCUGUUACCUGGAGGGCGUUCUAUUAUUCUGUUGCGACUGUGUGUCGCAUGUUUUUGUUGGAGGUUUUGGGGAGCACAGUCAUCCCACACGCAUCCCCUUUGUCGUGCAACCACAGGUACAAUUGUCAACUGCUGUUGAUUCCACACACCUUGGCUUCAGCAUGCCUAGAAGCUCUGUAAUUAGCCUUGGCUUAUCCCCGAGUGUCCGAUCUAUCCGAUGACACAAACCAGCCAGACGGUUCAAAAUGAAAAAAGUUCGUGCAGCAGA